AUGAAGGAAGAAUUUGAAAGGCAGAGGGAAAUGCAAGGCAAAAUGCGCCGCGAGAUGAUUGAGAUUGCCAUCGACCGAACUGGAUUGUACGAAACCGUUCAACAACAGAAUGCGAAAGGGAGUUUGAAUAAUAACGACAAGAAUAUAGAAACGAAAAAAAAUGAAGGUUUACUCGGGCACAUCGAAUCGCUGAUUAAAUUCCGAGGAGGUCCAAUCACCGUCCACGAGUUCAUGUCCGAAGCGCUGACGAACCCAACGUACGGGUAUUACACGAAAACGUCUUCGAAAGAUAAAGUAUUCGGGAAGAGCGGCGACUUUACGACGUCGCCGGAGAUAUCGCAGAUAUUCGGCGAAUUGUUGGGCGUCUGGUGCGCGACGAUUUGGGAACAGUUGGGGAAACCAGAAGAGUUACACUUGAUUGAGUUUGGUCCCGGGAGAGGGACGUUGAUGAUGGAUUUAUUGAGAGGAACGAGUAACUUUAAAAAGUUUAGCGAGGCUUUACGAGUGCACUUGAUUGAAAUCUCGCCGGCGUUGAGGAAGAAACAGUUCGAGACGCUGAAAUGUCAAGGAAGUUUGGAGACGUUUGAAAGCUUGAAUAACCCGUUAUUGGCAGAGAUAAAACCGAAUCCGUUUGCCGCCAAAAACACUGAUGAUGAUGAUGAUGAUGAUGAUGAUAGCGAGGAAGAAGAUGAAAAGUUAUCGACGAAAGGGAACGUUUCUGGAAUAACCGCGCACAGCACGAAGGUGUAUUGGCACAACUCAUUAGACGACGUUCCUUCUGGUCCAACGUGUAUCAUCGCGCAUGAGUUCUUCGACGCUUUACCCGUGCACCAGUUUCGACGCACCGAACGUGGAUGGGUGGAGAAACUUGUCGCGAUGAACGAGGAGAACAACAGCUUAGAGUUUGUACUUUCACCGGGCGCGACGUUGAGCUCUUCUCAACUCGUCAAGAGACGUUUGAGAAAGACAUCGUCAUCAUUAUCGUCUUCAUCAUCAUCGUCAUCAUCCGAUGUCAACAGUAGCAGUGAUAGCGAUAUGAACAACGAAACUAUUGUAUCAUUAGAAGUUUCGCCGAAAAGUAUCGUCCAUUGGGAAAAAAUGAUGGACAGAAUCAACGACGAGGGGAAGAACGGCGGGAGAGGCGGCGCGGCUAUCGCCAUCGAUUACGGCGACGAAGGACCUUUGGCAGAUACUUUAGAAGCAAUUAAAGAUCAUAAAUUCGUAGAAAAUCUGUUGGAAAGUCCAGGCGAGUGCGAUUUAUCGGCACAUGUCGAUUUUGGCGCGCUACGAGGCGUCGUGGAAGAGCGAAACGAGGAAAACACGAGCGAGGUGAAAUGUUUCGGUCCAACGACGCAACAGAAGCUUCUCUUAGAACUUGGUAUCGUACAGAGACUUAAAAAAUUAGCGGAGACGUGCUCUGAAGAACAGUUGGAAGUUUUAGCGGAUGGCUGUCAGAGGUUAGUCGGCGACGAUAAAGUUGAGGAAGGCGAAACACCGGGCAUGGGCUUAAGAUACAAAGCGUUGUGCAUGGUGAGCAAAAAUUUACAAAGACCAGCCGGUUUUAGCGAUGCGUAG